AUGGUGACUAUUCAACUUGGCGGUCAAUUAGGUCGUGCGAAACAGUACGAUGAUUACUAUAGGACCGAUGGAUUAUACGUACCAGAUGGGAUUAAGGCUGUGGACUCAGGUGUCCAAGCUCUAUCGCUUGGAGAUCAUAAAUCGGAUAAAGAACGAGUUUCCGAGCUCAAGGACGUUUCGAGUGGGUCGCAACCCAAAAAGAUGACGUGGGCUUCCAUCGCCAGCCAACCGGCCAAGCCGGCCCCUACAUCUCAAACUGGCGGGUUAAAGAAGAAAGGGCCGGGUAUGCCCCCGCCACCGAUUAUACCCGGCAAACAUAAUAUGGACAUCAGUACUUGGGAUGCCGGUAAGACGGCUCCGGUGGUGUCUGCGCCACCGCCACCGCCUUUGCAACCGCCACCCGUGCCGGCUCCACUGCCGAUGCCGACGCCGACGCCAGCGCCAUCUACAGCGCCUCUCCAACGGGGCCCCCCGCCUCAGCACCAGCCUCCACCGGCGUGGGCGCACGCACCCCGCGCCCCCAUGCCCCACCAGCCGAGGCCACCUCUACCCACACCACCACUAGCUGCGGCACCGGUCACUGCGACACAAGCCGCGACACCACACCCCGUACUCGACGAGCUGCGUGUUAAGAACAACUAUAAUCCGAAGGAGUUCGACCUGAGCGCUCCCCUUGCUAGAUUCUUCGUAAUCAAAUCCUACUCUGAGGAUGAUAUACACCGCAGCAUCAAAUACGAAAUAUGGUGCAGCACUGAGCACGGCAAUAAACGUCUGGAUGCGGCGUUCCGGGAACGCGAAAGGGAAGGUGGCGCUAUCUAUCUCUUCUUUUCGGUAAACGGCAGCGGUCAUUUCUGUGGCAUGGCACGCAUGACCAGUGCUGUUGACUACAACUCCAACUCUAACGUAUGGUCGCAGGACAAGUGGAAGGGACAGUUUCGUGUCAGGUGGAUCUACGUGAAGGACGUUCCAAACGUGCAAUUGCGUCAUAUCAAAUUAGAGAAUAACGAAAACAAGCCGGUAACGAACUCUCGCGACACGCAAGAGGUGCCUCACGCGAAAGGUCUUCAAGUGCUGCGGAUCAUGCACAGCUACUGCCACUCUACCUCAAUAUUCGACGACUUUAUACAUUACGAACGGCGUCAGGAGGAAGAGGACUCUCGCAAAGUGCCGGGCGCGACGGACGAGAGGGGCGUGACGGGCGUGAUCCGCGUGAUGGGCGAGAUCCGCGCGAUGGGCGUGACCACCAUCGCGACGGCCGCGAUCCGCGGGACCAUCGCGACAUUCGCGAUCCCAGAGACCAUCGCGAAUCCCGCGAUCCGCGAGACUCGCGAGAUCACCGCGAUGACCGUGACGGCCGGGACGUACGCGAUCAUGGGUACCGUGAUCGUGACUCCAAUUACCGGCCCCACCAUAAGGAUAGAGACGGAUCGCGUGGUCGUGGACGCCCUCGUAACUGAUUGUAUG